UUCUAUUAAAGUACAAUCGUAUGUGUAAGGUACAUGAAAAACCUUUGAAAUCUAACUUAAAUUUUGAAAACCAAUACAGAAGUUGUAACUUAACUAAUUCUGUUGAGUUGAAGGGAGAUGGGACAUGUAUUAUGCAUGCUAACAAGGAACAAUUUUGCACUGAAAUCACAUUGCCUGUCAGUACCAAAACUAUUAAUAAUAAAUCCCAGGUCAUUCAGCAACAGAAAACUCACAACAUAGAGAAAGCCCAUGUAUGCACUGAAUGUGGGAAAGCCUUUAUGAAGAUGUCUCAGCUCACUGAUCAUCAGAGAGUUCAUACUAGGGAGAAACCUUAUGGAUGCAGUCUUUGUGAGAAAGCCUUCGCCAGAAAAUCCAAGCUCACUAGACAUCAGCGAAUUCAUACAAGACUGAAACAAUAUGAAUGCACUGAAUGUGACAAAACCUUCCUCAAGAAAUCACAGUUCAAUAUACAUCGGAAAACUCAUAUGGGAGAGAAGCCGUAUACGUGUAGUGAAUGUGGGAAAGUGUUCAUAAAAAAGUGGCAGCUGAUUUAUCAUCAGCAAACUCAUACCGGGGAGAAACCCCAUGGAUGCAGUCUAUGUGGGAAGACCUUCUCUACAAAGUCUUAUCUCACUAAACAUCAGAAAACUCACACAGGAGAGAAACCUUAUAUAUGCAGUGAAUGUGGAAAAGGCUUCAUUGUGAAGUGUCGUCUUAUUGCACAUCAUCGAACUCAUACUGGAGAGAAACCGUUUAUAUGCAAUGAAUGUGGGAAAGGCUUCACUUUGAUGAACAGCCUUACCACACAUCAGCGAACUCAUACAGGAGAGAAACCCUAUAUAUGUAAUGAGUGCGGAAAAGGCUUCACCAGGAAGAGUCUUCUCAUCAAACAUCAGCGAACACACACAGGGGAGAAACAUUAUGUAUGUAGUGUAUGUGGCAAAGGCUUUACCAUGAAGAGUAAUCUCACUGUACAUCAGCGAACUCAUACUUUAGAGAAACCUUUUAUUUGCAAUGUAUGUGGGAAAGGCUUCACUGGGAAGAGUUAUCUGAUUGUACAUCAGCGAACUCAUACAGGAGAGAAACCCUAUGUGUGCAGUGAAUGUGGAAAAGGCUUCCCAGGGAAGAUGCAGCUCAUUUUACAUCAACGGACUCAUACAGGAGAGAGACCUUAUGUAUGUAGUGAAUGUGGGAAAGGUUUCAAAGCGCACAGUCAUCUCAUCAGACAUCUGCGAACACAUACAAGAGAAAAACCCUUUGUGUGUAGUAUAUGUGGAAAAGGCUUUACCAUGAAGACUAAUCUUACUGUACAUCAGCUAAGUCAUACUUCAGAGAAACCGUAUAUAUGCAAUGAAUGUGGGAAAGGCUUUGCUGUGAAGAGUCGUCUUAUUGUACAUCAGGGAAUUCACACAGGAGAGAAACCCUAUUUAUGCAGUGUAUGUGGAAAAGGCUUCCCAGCAAAGAGUAAACUGAUUGCACACCAACGGAUUCAUACAGGAGAGAAACCUUAUAUAUGUAGUGAAUGUGGGAAAGGCUUCACAGAGAAGUUUAAUCUAAUCAGACAUCAGCGAAAACAUGCAGGAGAGAAAUCCUUUGCAGUUUAUAUGGAAAAGGCUUCACCAUGAAGAGUCAUCUCAGUGUACAUUGGCACAGUCCUACCGGAGAGAAAGUGGACAUAUGCAAGGAAAGUGUCAAAGGCUAAAUUGGGAAAAGUAAUGCUCACUGCACAUUUGUGAAUUCAUAUGGAGCAAAAUUGUAUAUAUAUUCAAUGAAUGUGUAAAGGGCUUCACCAUGAACCUUACUCUAGGUAUACAUCAUCAGCAAACUCAUAUUGGAGAAAAGCCGUACUAAUGAUAUAAAUGUGAAAUCUUUCGGAAGAAGACAUACCUCUUACAAGACUUCCUUUGCAUGUACAGAAUGUGGAAAAUUCUAAUUGAGCAAAAAUGAUCUCAUUACCCAUCAGAAAAUUCACAUAGGAGAGAAAUUCUGUGAAUGUAAUGAAUGUGAAAAAGACUUCACUACAAUUAAUUCGGGAAUUAAUGUUAAUCAAAGAAAACAUACAGGAGAGAAGCCGCAUGGGAACAGCAAUUGUGGGGAAGCUUUUGCCCAUUUGUCAAUCCUUGUUAAAGAUAAGAGAAUUUAUAGAUAGUUGCUUUGGGGAAAACCUGUUUGAGGUUGUAAGCCUUCAAGUAAAUAAUAUGCAUUCAAUUAUGACAAUGUAAAGAAUCUGGUACUAUGUUUACUGAGCAAUUAUAUUUUCUAUCGAUAAAAUCUUUACAAAACUAUUAGAUACAGUCAGCCUUGGUGAAAUAUUUUAGGACACUAUAUGUCUUUAAAAGAGUUUAUUGAAAUAAAUCUUAUGAAUGUGACAGAUUUGGAAAGCUUUUAGUGGGCAGUAAACCCUAUCAUGUGAUCAUCAGAGAUCAUGAAUUAAUAAAUAUUUCUGUGGAAAAGCAUCUGCCUAAAAGUAAAACUUCAGUAGAUGUCAGAUCACACUAGAAAAUAGUUUUGUCUUGCAAUGUAUAUGGCAUAAUUUGCAUUCAUUUAUAUUUUUUCCUAAUUUGCCAGGAAAUGCAUACAGAAAUAACUCAUGAAUGCAUUCAAUUUAAUAGUCUUUAGCAAAACCUUAGACAAUGAAGGAAAGAAACCUUGACUGCAAAAGCUUUCUGUCACAAGUCUAAGCAGAAUAGUAUAUGUCACCUGCAGUUGGUGACGGGAUACCUUCACCAUAUUUCUGAUUGCCUUGCCAUUGAGUUAAGUUUUAAAUAGUGGCAGUUACUCUUCUCAUGGAUCAGAUUUCAAUAUACACAACACAAAAGUGUUCCAUUCUGUAAUUAACUUUUACAUUUCUUUAGAUCCAGCUUAAAAGAUGGGUUAAUAUACAAAAUACCUGAUUAGUCAGUACUCCUGAAAAAAAUUGAGGACAUAAAUGUGAAUAAGACCAAGAAAUGGCCACAGAACAGAGAAAAUGGAGGAAACAUGAUGUCUAAAUACAAUAUUGUAUUUUGGGUUGACUCCUGGGACAGAAAAAAAUAAUGGUAGUGAAAAAGCUGUGAAAUCCGAGUAGAAUCUAUAAUAUGGUUCCAUAUUAUACCAGUGUUCAUUUCUCAGUCUGAUAAAUGUACCAUGGUUAUAUAAGAUGUUCACAUGAGGGGAAGUCAAAUGAAGGUUCAUAUGAACUUUGUAGUAAUACCUUGUGACUUCUGUGUAAAUAUAGAAUUUUCCCAAAAUAAAAAGUUUAUUAAAAGUAGGUCUAAUUCUAUGUCAGUUAUAUGUCAA